AUGUCGGACCUGUCGUCCCCCGUCAAGAAGAAUGUCCCGAAGCACUUGCGCCACGCCAUUUCCAGCAGGAACAAGGCGGUGGUGCCUCGCCCCAAACGCAAACCUCGCGUGUAUCUGGCGAAGCAGUUCGCAGGAGAACCUCUGCGUGAAUGGGUGCAGCGGAACCUCGAGAGCUCCUUGGCAGGCAGCAUUUUCAAUGCAGCCACGACGGUGCUGAGUACCUUCCACGCUUUGUUCCACAUCAGCCUCAACUGGUCUGGGCUGCGGAUCGGACUGGACCCGUGGAUGCAAGAGCUCGACUUUUGCCUCAACAUCGUCUUCACGCUCGAAUACGCACUGCACGUGUAUGCUGCCUUCGACCGACUCGAGUACGUUGUGGGUUUCUUUCCGAUGGUGGAGUUUGCUGUCGUGUUGCCGUCGUGGUUCGACCUCAUCACAGCGUACAGUCCGAGCAUCACCUCGACGAGUACGCUUCCCCAGCUUUCACGAAUGCUGCGACCGCUUCGCUUCAUUCGAAUCUUCCGUCUCGUACAAUUUGCAACAUCUUCGCUCCAGCAACAGGCGUCGGCAGCGAUGCUCACUAUUGUGUCCAUUGUAUUCGCCACAGCUGGCGUCGUGCAGGCUACUGAGGCGUGCCUUGAAGUGUGCGACGAUGAACCUCGUGUGUGCAAGUGCCGCGAUCUGUCGUUCCCCAAUUUGCUGUACUUUGUGGUGGUGAGCAUCUCGACUCUGGGCUAUGGCGACAUCUCUCCCGUGUCGACCAGCGGCAAGUUUGUCAUCGCCUUCGUCAUCCUCUUCACCUUCAUCGUCGUGCCGAUCCAAGUGAACCGCAUCCAGGCGACUAUCACGUCGCACACGGACUAUUCCUCUGCUUAUUCAGAGGCGAAGCUGCAUCCGCACGUUAUCAUUACUGGUUACGUGAACGCCGACACGCUGUCCAUCUUCUUCGGGGAGUUCUUCCACCCCAGCAACCUUAACUGGAACGAGCGAGUGGUUAUCCUCAACGCGUCCCAGCCCACACCCGAGAUCAACAAGGUGCUGCACACUUACGACAGCAAAGUGCAGUAUAUUGUCGGGUCCCCUUUGCUGGACGAUGACUUGACCCGAGCUGUGCUGAGCGACGCCAGUGCCUGCUACGUGCUAGUGAACCGACAGUCGUCGCGUCCUCAGUACGCGGAUCAGUGCUGCGCACUCAUCACCAUCGCUCUCCGUCGAGGGAACCCGACGUGUCCGAUAUACGCGCAGAUAAUCAACUCGAGGAAUGCCGCGACGCUGCUGAAGAUGGGGGCGAGCGAUGUUGUGGUCCUUGGGAUGCUCAAGUUCUCCGUCUUAGGACGAAGUUGCCAGGUGUGGGGGCUCCCGACGCUGCUGUUGAACCUCCUUACACAGUGCAACAGCGACCUGGACAGCCACCAUUCUUCUCUGCAGUGGCAACGUCAGUAUUUGCAUGGCUACAUGCAUGGAAUCUUCCUAGUCGACAUCCCCCGUACCUUUUCAGGGCUCACGUUUGGUGAUCUCAUUCGGUUUCUCUACGACAAGGCGUCGCUUAUCCCUCUGGCCAUGCUCACGGACGACGGGGUGCGCUUUAUGGACAUGGAGUUCAAGCUUGGCGCCACGGCGGACCCGAAUUUGUGCUGCAAAGUGUACGCUAUUGCCAAGGGGCUAAACGCAGUUGAAGGCGUCAUGAAAAUCCCGCCGGAGCAGAUUCUUUCGUACCGCAAAGGCAUGCGACGCAAGGUUAAGUCCAUGUCCAGCAACAGUUUACUGGAGAUGAAGAAGAUCAAGCCAGCUCUGGGCAAUGAGAUCGAGCAGAUCCGAGAGAGUAUCAUGAACAUGUACGCGGUCGCUGAGGAUUACGACGUCGAGGCUGCGAUUGGUAUGGCCGAAAGGGAACACAACGGUUAUCCGAACUCAGAUCAACCUUUAGAUGGGGAGGUGUCGGAAUACGAACGCUUUGUGCCGCUUGGUGUACCCGAAGACGUCGCGGAUCACAUUGUGGUGUGUGGCUUCCCAUCCGACACGUAUCACUUCAUCAAGACGAUUAGAGAGGCGCCCAUGCCCGAUGACUACACUCCAUCGCCGGCUAUUGUGUUCUUAGCUUCGGAUCCAAUUGACGAGCGCGAGUACGAGCGUCUGCGAGGGUUCAUCGACAUUUAUUUUGUGCAAGGUUCGCCUGUAAACUUCGGAGACCUCAAGAAAACCAACAUCCGCUUCGCCAUCUCCGUUCUCAUCCUCACACAGGCGUCAGAAGCUCCAUACUCCGACCCAAACAUGGUGGACGCUGACGCUAUUACCAUCGUGCGGUACAUUGUGGAGAUCAGUCAACGCACGCGGAUGCCGAACCUCGUGGUGGAGUUGGAUAAGUCCUCAAACGUCAAGUUGCUGAGCUCGUUAGCCAAUGAACGACGUACUAGCUCCGCCUUCGGACUCCCAGCGCUCGUGGUUCGCAACGUCUCCUAUCGUACUCCACGGCAAAGCAAUACUCUCGCAGCAGCCACUUCAAGGCGCGACUCGUUCUGGAGCUCGCUGGACGAGGGCGACGGUAAUACGGACUCAUCGUUCGUACUGGAGGAGUUCAUCGCCUCCGGUCGUGUGUUUAUGAACUCGAUGCUUGACUCACUCAUGAGCGAGUGCUACCGGAAGCCCUGGAUCACACAGUUCCUCCAUCUACUCAUCAACGGCAGCAUCAACGAUCUCGAGGAGCGACGACUGUUCCAAGUGGAGGCGCCAGAAGAGCUGAUUGCUCUCAAGUAUGGCGAGUGCUUCCGCAAGUUCCUCGACAUGGCGAGUUGCACUUGUAUCGGACUUUGGCGACCGGAACGUGGCGUGGUUCUCCCUCACCCCUGCGUUUUUAUCAAUCCCCCCAUGGACCUCCAGAUCGAGCCUGGUGACCUCUUCUUCGUUGUGGGCAAACCCUUCACCUUCGCAUCCAGCCCCGACAUCUUCACGCAUUGA